AUGGAAACAGUUGAUGCUGUUGCCACAGCCACUCGUGGUGAAGGCUUUGCUGCCGUCAAAGCUACAGCUCUCGGCAGGCCAGCACUUCUGCUGAAGCUGUCAGGUAAUGUUAACUACUUCCACUUUUCCUCUAUUGUUUCUAGCUCUCCACAAUUUGGGUUGAAAAAAGUUUAUAGGGAAGGACGAAAAAUUCUGAAGAGCCCUGUGAAUAGUUUAAGUAGAGAAGAAUUAAUGACUGCUGAUCCUGCUAUCACACACAUAUAUCUAAAUGCCAAAAAUUGGCAGUUAAAACACUCUUUAUCUAAGCUUUUUAAUCUCCAUAUAAAACGGCUUAAAGAUUUUGACUGUCGUCAAGGCAAGGAAGAAAUGAUCGACUUCGGUGUGAAAACGGAUUCAGAAGCUAUUCGUGACUGGUUCAAAAGCGUCGAUUUCGAUAGCGAUGGCUACGUAGAUUUUCAUGGCUGGGAUAAACUACUCGACGAUAACACAAAACUUGGGAGUAUGUUUCAGGUUUGA